AUGCUUGGGAGUGGAAAUGAAAAAAUGUCUACACUACCUGGAUUGAAUCAGAUACAAUUUGAAGGGUUUUGUAGGUUCAUUGAUCGGCGCUUAACAGAAGGGCUUUUUAAGUUUCCAAAAAUUGAGGAUACAGAUCAAGAAAUUGAAUUUCAAUUAUUUGUAGAAACAUAUCAAUUAUUAGAACCCUUGAUAAACGAAAAAGAUGCUGUAUAUGAAUCACUUACAUAUUCUGCUGAAUUAUAUGUAUCCGCGGGAUUAAUUUGGAAAAGUAGUAGAGGCAUACAAAAACAAACCAUUUUUGUUGGAAACAUUCCUCUAAUGAAUUCUCUGGGAACUUCUAUAGUAAAUGGAAUAUACAGAAUUGUAAUCAAUCAAAUAUUGCAAAGUCCUGGUAUCUAUUACUGUUCAGAAUUGGACCCUAACGGAAUUUCGGUCUAUACUGGCACCAUAAUAUCAGACUGGGGGGGUAGAUUAGAAUUAGAGAUUGAUAGAAAAGCAAGGAUAUGGGCUCGUGUGAGUAGGAAACAGAAAAUAUCUAUUCUAGUUCUAUCAUCAGCUAUGGGUUCGAAUUUAAGCGAAAUUCUAGAAAAUGUAUGUUAUCCUGAAAUUUUCGUGUCUUUCCUAAAUGAUAAGGAUAAAAAAAAAAUUGGGUCAAAAGAAAAUGCCAUUUUGGAGUUUUAUCGACAAUUUGCUUGUGUUGGCGGAGAUCCAGUAUUUUCUGAAUCUUUAUGGAAAGAAUUACAAAAAAAAUUUUUUCAACAAAGAUGUGAAUUAGGAAGAAUUGGUCGACGAAAUAUGAACCAAAAGCUUAAUCUUGAUAUACCCCAGAACAUUACAUUUUUGUUACCACGAGAUAUAUUGACAGCUGCGGGUCAUUUAAUUGGUAUGAAAUUUGGAAUGGCUCUAUUUGACGAUAUAAAUCAUUUGAAAAAUAAACGUAUUCGUUCCGUAGCAGAUCUAUUACAAGAUCAAUUUGGAUUGGCCCUGGUUCGUUUAGAAAAUAUGAUGAGCAGGGGUAGCCUACACAACAUGGGUGAUUCUCUUUCCUUUCUCCACGUGGAACAAAAGAUUCUUUCCACCCAUUUUUUAUGA